GAGUAAAUAUCAAUUUACAAAUUUUCAAAAGCAUUGAGCCCAACAAAACCCUAGCCAAAGGGGAAAAAGUAGUAAAAAUCGAUUUCAGGAAUUUCUUAAUCAGAUAAACCUAGAGAAAAUAAAAUGGAUGAGCGAGGAGUGCACCCAGAUUGUAUCAAUGCAUCGAAUCCGUUUCAUGAAUGUGUUGAAUAUUGCUUUCGGAAGAUUGCUGAAGCCAAGGCGAGAAUGGAUAAAUCAGAGACAGAAACUCUGCAACCUGAGCGUGGCCAGCCUGUUUCACCCGCUGCUUAUCAAGAACAAGAUGUGCAACGUAGCGUUCCAGAACCAGAAGAGAACCCUGAUGAUGAUGGUGACGACCCUGUCGAGGAGAACAUUGAUGUAGACAUUACAAAUCUUACAGGCAGACAGAAAAAACUGUUCGAGUUGAGGUUAAAGAUGAAUGAGGCAAGAAAAGCUAAUCAAACUGCAAUGGUGGCUGAAAAGAAAAGAAUGGAAGCUCCUCCGGAAUCUAGAGGAAUUUCUAAGCAAAAAUGGCUGGACGAAAGGAAGAAAAAGAUAGGAAAACUUCUAGAUGCUAAUGGUUUGGAUUUGCAAAAGGCAUAUAUGUUAGAUACCCAAGAAGCAGCCGAGGCAAAAUAUAAGAAAUGGGAAAAGGGUCCUGCUCCAUUUGGUUGGGAUGUCUUCAAUCAGAAGACGUUGUACAAUGCAUACAAAAAGCGGACAAAGAACAUUGAUAUUGACCUGGAAGAAUAUAACAAAAUGAAAGAAGCAGAUCCAGAGUUCUAUCGUGAAGCUUCAAGCCUCCAAUAUGGGAAGGCACCUAAGCUUUCAGAAGAUAAGAUUGACAAGAUGGUGAAGGAACUGAAGGACCGGGAUGACAAGCGCAAGUCGUUUAGCCGGAGGAGGAAGUUUCAUGAAGAGAAGGAUAUUGAUUCAAUCAAUGAUCGUAAUGAGCAUUUUAACAAGAAGAUUGAACGAGCGUUCGGAAAAUACACACUGGAAAUCAAAAAUAAUCUUGAACGAGGAACUGCAUUGCCUGAUUAAGACUUAUUGUUUGUUGCUAUGCCUUCCUUCCAGUUGAGCAAGCGUUAAGGCCGACUUGCUUGUCUUUAUAAAUCCAUGAAUACAUGGAAUGUAUUUUUCAAGGAUAUUCAGUCUAUCUUUAUGGUUUGACUGGAUUAUACUGUCCCCAGUGCAUUCCUGCCUGCAAAUGUAUCUGAUAUUCAUCUUUUGAGUGAUCGAAGAUCAAUUAUUAACUUUUUA